AUGUCAGAUAAAUACAAUCAACAUAAUCCUACUUAUGGACAGAUACUUCCUAGUAUGACACUAGUAGCUGAUGACGGUGACGAUAUAAAUCCCCAUAUACCCCAAUUUAUUGCGAAAGUUCCAUGGUAUUUAACUCAGGAAAAGAAAACUUUGCAACACCAACGAUUGGUUAAGUUUUCUGAGGAUAUGGGCUGUGAUUCUAAGGUAAAAAGGGGAACAAAAGACACUAAGCCAAUCAAAUAUCGUAAAGGAGCCUGUACAAACUGUGGAGCCUCAACUCACAAAGUUGUAGACUGCUUAGAAAGAACAAGAAAAAGAGGUGCAAAAUGGACAAAUACAGACUUAUGUGCAGACGAACAUAUUCCACAAAAUUGUAUGAAGGAAAGAAAUCUAGAUGCAAAGAGAGAUAGAUGGAAUGACUUUGAUCCUAGAGAUUACAAAUAUGUAAUUGAGGAAUUCGAGGCUAUGGAAAGAUUAUCUAAAGAAAGGAGGAUGAAGAAAAUUGAAAAGAUUUUGUCUAAUGAUCAUACAAGCUCAUUAGAGAGUAGUAUAGACUGUAAACACAAUAGUUUUAAUAGUUACAACUUAGAUGACGAUACUGUGAUUAAAGACUUUGAUGACAAAACAUUUGGUAAUAAAGAUGAUAAAACAAGAACCACUAUAAAGAAUUUAAGAAUACGCGAGGAUACUGCAAAAUACCUUAUAAAUUUGGACACUAACUCGGCAUUUUAUGAUCCAAAGAGUAGAUCAAUGAGAGGUAAUCUUGUAAAAGAUUCUUCUAAUUUUUCACAAGAUGUAUAUCAAACAUCAGAAGAACCCCUCAAAAUCAUUAAAAUGGAGGCAUUUGCAUGGCACAAAUACAAGCAUGGUGAAACAGUUCACUUACAGGCUCAGCCUACUCAAUUAGAGAUGCUUUAUAAAGAGCACUUAAGUAGGGCAAAUUAUGAAGCAAACACUGUACGUAAUAGAUUAACUGACUACUAUGGAGGAGCUGAAUAUAUUAUAAUGAAGGAUAGUUAUCAACAGACAAAAUUAGGAGAUUAUUUUGAAGAUAAUAAUGAGGACGUUUUAGAACAUUCUCAUAGUUGGAGGUAUUCAAAUUCCAAAUACGUAGAGGAUGACUAUAUUGCAGAUCAUUCAUCUGUAUGGGGUUCAUAUUAUGAUAUUCACUUAAAGAAAUGGGGUUUUCGUUGCUGUAGGCAAACAAAUAAACUCUUAUCUUGCUCUAAUGUAUAA